AUGGCUGAGUGGGCCUUUUUAAGUGGACUAUUUGGGACUCUCCAGGCCCACUCCCCCAUGCUAGGUCGAUUCUGGCUGCUUCUUAUGCUGGUGUUUAGAAUGCUGAUCCUGGGGACAGUUGCCAGUGACUUGUUUGAAGAUGAGCAAGAGGAGUUUGUGUGUAACACUCUGCAGCCAGGCUGUAAACAGGUGUGUUACGAUGAAGCGUUCCCCAUUUCACAGUACCGUUUCUGGGUUUUCCACAUUGUGCUUAUUUCCACUCCCUCUCUGCUUUUUGUUGUAUACACCAUGCACCACCACAAUAAGCGAAAGGUUCUUUCUCGAAGUUUGGGGACCACCUAUAGCAGUGUUCUGGAAAGCAAGCAGGAGCAACACCUCAAACGUCUCUACCUGAUUAACGUUGGCUUCCGGCUGUUGGCGGAGGUGGGCUUUGUGGUUGGCCAGUGGUGGUUGUAUGGUUUCCGUGUGGAGGCACAGUACCCCUGCAGCCGUUACCCGUGCCCUUACACGGUGGACUGCUUUACAUCUCGACCAAUGGAGAAGACCGUGCUCCUUUGUUUCUACUUUGCCGUGGGAGUGCUCUCAGCUUUCUCCAGCUUCGCGGAACUCAUUCACGUCUCGUGCAAAGCCGGCCAGAUGAGGGACUCUGCAUUUUGGGAUAGUUCGGAAACCAAUGAAGGCUCUGAGAAGGGAUAUUAUUCCCAGAACCUGCAGAAUCUGGCACAGGAGGAGACGGGAGAGCAGGCAAAGGCCAAAGAAGCUCUGUCUGUCUCCGGGGUGAGUGGACGGAUAAAGGGGAGCUCCAUGCGGAGCAGCUCCAUCAAGAAGUAUCCCAGCAAUGGACGCAGAAGUUUCAAGGGAUACUACGGCCAGAAGAGCAACUCAUUGAUGGUAUGA